AUGCUCUCCCGCACUCUGGCAAUCUUGCAAUCUUGCAAUGCCUCGACCCCUAGUUCUUACGUCGAUCCACGUUGGCCAAAGCGACGCGUUCUCACGAAUACCACCAUCUGGCUUCACAACGUCCCACUCACUGCCCAAACUCAACCUUCUUUUAAUAUCUUCGGGUCGAGCUUUUCCACCAUCUUGCUGUCAAUACAGCAUCGAACCCCGGUCUCCCAGGAGACCAACUUUCUGUUCAGUUCUUCUAGAAAUAGGGUCGACCAACCGACAAAUUGGCGAACUAGCUUAACUACAGAGAAACGUAACGGCAUUUACACACGGCAUCUAUGCACCGCUAGCGGGAACGAUAGAGAAAAAAGGCAGGAGUCAACGAUGCCGGUAUCGAAAGACGCACAACUCAACUCAACUCAACUCAACUCAACUCAGCUCAAUUCAACUCAACUCAGCUCAAUUCAACUCAACACUGCAUUGCACUGCAAUGCAAUGCACAUCAAAAAACCACACAUUACGAACAUCACUGCAUUGCCGAGAAACGGAAAAAAACCCACCAACAAGAGGGUUAAAAAAAGAUUCGACGUUACAGAAACAACAAGUCGGUCGGAUUUUGGAUUAGAUUAA